AUGGGCGACAAGCCUGUUGAGACACCGGCCGCGGAGGUCAAACCCGCCGACGGCGUCGAGGCGUCAGCUGCUACAGCGGCUACAGCAACUACUGAGGCUGCUGAGGCUCCGGCCACCGAGACACCUGCUCCUCCUGCUGCCGAGGAGAAGCCUGCCGAAGACAAACCUGCAGUUCCCGAGAAGCCUGCCGAGGCCGCUACCGCGGCUACCGCCGUCGAGGACAAGCCGGCUGUGCCUGAGAAACCUGCUGCCUCCACGUCUGUCACCACACCCAUCCAGACUCUCUAUGCUGCCCAGCAGGAGCACGGCCAUCCCGAGAUCUGGGGCGUCACCCUCGCCGACCCGGCCACCCACGUCCCGAGCCAGGUUGUCUUCCAAAAGUACCUGAAUGCCAACGAUGGCGAUCUCCCCAAGGCCAAGGACCAGCUGCUCAAGACGCUGACCUGGCGCGCCGCCACGAAGCCCCUGGAGCUGCUGAACCAGACCUACAACCGCGACAAGUUUGCCGGCCUGGGAUACGUGACGUCGUACCACAAGGACGGCGCCGACGGUCCGGAGGCCAAGGAGGUGUUUACGUGGAACGUCUACGGCAACACCAAGAGCAUCGACAAGACGUUUGGCGACUUGAAAGAAUUCCUCCACUGGCGCGUCGCGCUGAUGGAGCUCGCUCUCCUGGAUCUCGACCUCGCCUCGGCCACCAAGCCAAUCACCGCCGACUACGACCCCUACAAGAUCUACCAGGUCCACGACUACAAGAGCAUCAGCUUCCUGCGCCAGUCGGCCAGCGUCAAGGCCGCCAGCACCGAGACCAUCAAGGUCUUUGCCCAGAACUACCCGGAGCUGCUCAAGGAGAAGUUCUUUGUCAACGUGCCGGCCAUCAUGGGCUUCGUCUACGCCUUUAUGAAGCUGUUUGUCGCCGCCAAGACCAUCAAGAAAUUCCACCCCAUGUCCAACGGGGGCGGUCUGGCGGCCGAGUUUGGCGCCAGUGCGAUCCCAGACCUGGGCCAGCGUCUGCCCAAGGAGUACGGUGGCAAGGCUGGCGAGCUCAAGUCUCUAGGCAAGGAGACGAAGCUGGAAGCGGCUGCGGCUGAACAGCCUGCCAAGGAAGCCCCCAAGGAGGCCCCGAAGGAGGCUCCCAAGGAGGAGACCCCGGCGGCGGCUGCCGUCGCGGAGCCUGCGAAGCCGGCGGAGGAGGCUGCUCCGGCCAAGGUCGAGGAGGCAACCCCCGCCGCUGCCCCGGUGGAGGCCGCUGGUGAGACGGCUGCCGAGCCCGCCGUCGAGGCUGCUGCCGAGACCAAGGCUUAA